AUGACCCCCCUCCUCUUCCAUCGAGCGUCCUCCUCCUCCGUCGUCCGGCACCACCGCCGCCUCUCUCGCUACUUUUCAUCAACUUCUGCCUCUCGGUCGACGUUUGGUGUCGUCUUUGACGUCGAUGGAGUGCUCGUGCGCGGCAAGACGCCGGUUCCUGGCGCCUGCGACGUGCUCCUCGAGCUUCAAUCGACCAAUACGCCGUUCGCAAUUAUGACCAAUGGCGGCGGAUCUCGAGAACAGAAAAAGGCCCAGCACCUUGAACAGCUCCUGGGUCAAAAUGUAGCCAUUGCUUCACGUCGCAUGUGUAUGAGUCACACGCCGAUGCAGAGCCUCGUGGCCAAACACGGUCAUGAACUCGUGCUUGCAGUAGGCAAAGACUGCCGUGAAAUGCGACAUGUUAUGCAGGACUAUGGGUUCCAGCACGUGAUCACGGUCGACCAAUUGCAUCGGCACUUUCCAUUGAUGUACCCGGAUGUUGCUGUUCUAGAGCCAUUAGAGGCCAAUGGACGGUUUGAUAUGCAGCCAUUUGCAGCGGUGUUUGUGCUCAUUGAUCCUAUUUAUUGGGGACGCGAGCUGCAGAUUGUCAUGGACGUCUUGUGCUCGCCCGAUGGGUUUUUGAGACAUCAGCCACCAAUAGUGGGUACUACGAAGGCUGUUGAUGGGGGAAGUGGUGGGGGAAAUAAAGGUCGUGGGGAACGCCAACACAUUCCGCUCUACUCGGCGUGCUCGGACUUUCAAUAUGUAGGUGACUUUCAUCUCCCACGAUAUGGUGCGGGGGCUUUCCAUGCUGUUUUGGAAGAUCUCUUUACCCGCACGACAGGGCACAAGCUCGAGAAGACGCUGUUCGGUAAGCCGCAGCGCACGUCAUUUGAGUUCGCUGAGACGCUCAUUGAUGCACAGCAUGAUCGUGUAGAACGGAUUUACAUGAUUGGAGAUAAUCCAAAGACGGACAUCCGCGGAGCCAAUGAAGUUGGCGGUAGGUGGAAGUCUGUGCUGACACUCACGGGCAUGCACGCUGGGCCGGAGAAUGACGAUGAACAUCCGGCAUACGAAGUGGUGGAUGACGUUGUGCAAGCACUGGCGUUUAUCAAACGAGACUUUGCAAGAUACCAGCGAGAAAAGUCGGGCGAGUGA